ACAUUUUCUUAUCGUUGUAUAAUUAUACUAACAUCCAACAGGUUUAUCUUACCAUAAUGUAUUCAUACUGUUAGUUAAAAUUAAAAACGUUUUUGUAAUUUUACAAUGUUUAAAAUAAAUGAACCUUCUUUUUGAUGUUCUAAUAUUACUAUUUUUAAAAUGACUGCGCCAUAUAUGCCCUCAUGUGAAAAAUGUGGAUCUCCAAUAGAUGAGUACUCAAUCAGUUUUAUUAAUCAUGCCAAAUUGUAUGCUGACACUUUCAAUAUAGUAGAAUGUGAAUUGUUUCUUAUUAAUCAUAAAUCUCGGAAGCCUAGUAAAUGUAUGGCAUGUCUCAAUUCCGAAUGGGACAUAUUAUUUAGAAAAAAUAUUUCUUCAAGAUCAUCUAUCAAAGACAAUUUUGCAGAUCCUAAAGUCGAACUUUGUACUAAUUUUAAAGAGUUAUAUUCAAAAAUAUUAUUAAACUAUAGAUUACCUAUUUUAAUUUUAAUUUUUGGAAUUUUUGGUAUUCUUUGUUCUUCUUAUAUGAAUUCGGUAGAAAAUUUGUACUCAUCUAUCAUCAGUGGUAUUUCAUCAAGCUCGCAAUGUAUGGACAGUAAUUGCUUCAAAAAUGAAGUAGAAUUGCAUAAAAAACAGUUCCCUUCACAAAACAAAAGGUUAUGGAGUAAACUGAGAGCAGGCUUUCAGCGACUUAGAAAACCUGGCGAACCAUUUGUUCUAUUACUUAUGCACGAUGAAAAUAACACACCGACUUCCAACUGUUUGGCAUCAGUCGUUAGUACUAUGUUUAAAAACAAAGCGAUGAGCAAUACUGGUAAAAUAUUAUGGGUCAAUGGAUCCAACUGGAGAACAAUGACAGAUACUUCCGAAUCUGACGAAGAAAGUCAAGUUUAUUCGAAGAUAGUUUCGCCACUAGAAGAACAUGAAGUGCUCGUCGUUGAAAAUGUCCAAGAUAUUCCAUGGAAAGCAAUCAAAGCUUUUCACUUUUUAUGUGAUACUUUCAACCCUACAGUAAAAAAUGCCGUCAUAGUUUUGUUACUGAAAGUCGAUCAAUUAAACUCUGCUUUAGACGAACAGAAUGAAAUAGUCACUGCUGAACGGGUUAUGAAUACAAUUUGGAAAGAUAUGCCUAACGACGAUAGGAUUCCACUUAUAACUCGCUUGACGGUCAACGUUGGAACUGUGAGUCCAGAAAAGAUAAUUGAAUGUCCUUUAAUCAACGGUUCCGCCAAAACCACCUUUAUUCAAAUAUCCUAAAUUUUUAUUUCAUUUUUUUAACUAAAUUGUAUUACAGAAGACGUUUUUUUUUUCAUUUAUUUUAACCAAAAAAGUACUGUUAAGUUUUUUUUUAUUUUAUGACUAUAUGCAAAAAUGAAUACAGUAAUUGUUAAGCAAGAGAAUGAUCGUAUUUUGUUAUAAUAGUCAACUUAAUGAAUAAUAAUUCGAAUUGUAUAAAAUUAAA